GGGCGGAGUUGCACUCCAGACCGGAAGUGAUGUAAUGAGCCGGAGCUGAACAAGCUCGGACACUUUUCCCAGUAACCGUCAGAGGAGCUGCUCAGGAUGGACGUGCUCGUGUAUUUAGCAGCUGCUCUCGUGCUCCUUCUCCUCAUCCUGUUCGCGCUGAAGCUGCAGCGGAAAACACGCGACGAUGAGGAGGAGCCUGUGGAGGACGAAGAGGAGGAGCAGAACCUCCAACCUGCUGCCAGAGUUGGAGCCAAGAAGCAGAAGAAGCUGGAGGAGAAACAGGCCAAGAAGGCCCAGAGAGAGGCUGAGAUGGAGGAGAGGGAGGAGAGGAGGAGGAUGCAGGAGCUCCGUGAGCAGGAGAGACGGAAGGAAGAAGAUCGUGAGAGACUUCUGGAGAAGAAACAGGAGGAGGAGGAGGAGCAAGCUAAAGUGGAGCAGGAGAGACGGGAGGAGGAAGAGUACCUACGACUCAAAGCUUCAUUUGUGAUAGAGGAACAGGGAGAGCAGGAGCAGCUCUCUGAGGAUCAGUCCCGCAGCCUGCUGCAGGACUUCAUCCAGUACAUUGAGAGCUCUAAGGUGGUUCUCCUGGAGGACCUGGCAUCUCACUUCGGGAUGAGAACACAAGAUGCCAUCUCCAGACUGCAGGACCUGUUGGCUGAAGGCACCCUCACAGGUGUGAUUGACGACAGAGGGAAGUUCAUCUUCAUCACUCCAGAGGAGCUGGACUCGGUGGCCCGCUUCAUCAAACAGAGGGGGCGGGUGUCCAUCACAGAACUGGCCCAGGCCAGCAACUCCCUGAUCAACCUGGUUCCUGAGAGCCGCAGCGCCGCCUGAAGGAGCCACGAUACACCGGACCUUUGGAUCCAGAACCAGUGGGUCGUGAAGAAUCAGCCGAUAAAUCUCUUCUGUGGAGAACACAAACAUUUGGCUGAUAAAAGUUGGACUUUGA